ACAAAAACUUUCAAAGGUUACCUUCGUGGUGGAGAGAGAUCUAGAGAGACAACCGGUUGGGCUGUUUCUUAUCGGUCUGGACGACGGCAAUACAGGACGGAGGAAAUCGCGACGGCAUGAGGACCGUACUACUGCUGCUGGCAGUGUGGCAGCUCCCCCUGCUGUCAACAUGUCAACAAAUAGUAGGUGGGUGUCAGAUACCUGGAGCACCGCCCAAUGGACGCAUACAGUGGAGCUAUGAUGGGAGCACAGUCAGUGUUAGCUACAGCUGCAAUCAACCAUAUCGCCUGCAGCCAUCGCAGACACCGAUUACGUGUAGGGGUGGCGUCUGGUCUCACAGGUUUCCAGAAUGCGUUGGAUCGGUCAUACCGCCUCGGAUCUCACCGACCUUGCGGCCAUUUCUUCCUCAAGCGGGUACAUACACGCUGACCCUCAGCCUGCAAGGUGGUGACAGGACAGCUCUGUACGACAUUCUAGUGUACACGUUUCGCAAUGGGCAGCUCACUCUGUUGAGGGACAAGAGUCGUUAUGGUGUCAGGUACACUAGCUUCCCCAUAACACUAGACGGCCUUUCAGCUGGAUCAUACUCUAUCCGUAUUGAUCAGCAGCUGGCUGGAGGUGGCCGUCAAACUGUUUCUACGCUUAGUACGCAAACUGGAAGGAGCAACAUACAACUCCCGUUCAUUCCAGCAUGGCCCAGCACUGGCGUCACAACUGCUUCUCUGCGGCAGGGACAAGUUACCAUUGAACUGCCCAACCCUCCCAGUGGUCAGGCCUAUCAGUUCUGGACAGUUCAGUGGAGACGUGGCAGCUCUGGUGCUUGGCAGACACGGCGUGUAUCAACCAGAGAGCGUACGGCUACUCUGUCUACUUCUGGCCCAGGUGCCUACCAAGUCAGGCUGCAGCUCCAAGGAUCAGGAGGCACCACUCCAUACAGCAUUCCACUGUCUUUUACGGCCUCUUCAGGUUUCCCUACAACCAGCCCAUGCUCACCAAAUCCAUGUGAAAACAACGGUUUCUGCACAUCUACUAUUGGUGGGAACUUCAACUGUAUCUGUGCUUCUGGGUACACUGGUCCAAGAUGCUCUCAGCCAAGCUUACCCAGUUUCAAUAUCCAAGUUUCUUUCAUCACCAAUGAGCCUAACCCAAAUGCCCGCUACAACUUGGUGAUCUACUCGUACAAUGAGGCGUUGGGUACAUGGCAAUUUCGAGAGGGUUCAUCCAGUUAUGGUCAGCCGUAUUCUGCGUUUCCAGUGACUGUGCCCAACCUGCAGGCCGGACUGACUGGAAUCCGUAUUGAUCGUGUUCGGGACUCCGGUAACGAGACACUGACAACCCUACACCAGCGUAUUGGAGGUGGAUUAAGUCAAGGUGUGAAAGUCCCGGAGUGGCAACAGGGUAGAGUCACAACGUAUGACCCUCGCACCGUAACCGUCCGCGUUGUUUUGCCGCCAUUGACUGGUAACGAGCGUGUCACGUACUCCAGCUGGAGAGUGUGCUACCGUCUCACCCGUGAGCCGGUCACUCAAGAGAAAUGUGUGAUAGUACCCACUUCUCAAAUCGCAGCUCUCUUGAGAAACCUACCGCCAGGUGCUUAUCUUGUUAGAGUUCUACUUGUAGACCGGUUCGGACGGCGAUCUGGAGGGUCAAUGGACGUCGGCUUUGUGGUGGAAGCUCCCACUACAACUGCUCCUCUCAAUGGAUGCGCAAGAAACCCAUGUCUGAACAGAGCAACAUGCUAUCCCAUCGGAUCAAACUUCUACUGUGCGUGUCCUAUUGGAUUCAGUGGUAGGACAUGCGAGAUCGGUGCUAGGCCAACCACGCCACCACGUACACAGGCACCAGACCCAUGUUCUAGAGUCGUGUGUCAAAACGGAGGGACCUGUAGAAGCAGGCUAGCCACCGACAGUUUCACCUGUGACUGUGCACCUGGGUACACUGGUCAACUGUGCUCGGCACUUUCUGAACCUACGAAUCAGUGUGCAUCAUCCCCUUGUCUCAAUGGUGGAACAUGUUAUGACAUCUCAAAUCGCUACUACUGUUCGUGCCUGAACCGUUUCCGAGGCGACCGGUGUGAGAGAGAUACCCAACCUGCCCGUCCGUGUAGCUCCAACCCAUGUUCAAAUGGUGGGACGUGCCAGGCGAGCUUUGAUGGUAGUAGAUACACGUGUCGAUGUCCACCUGGUUACGCUGGACCCAGAUGUACUCAAUCUACCAAUGUCGAUGAAUGUGCAUCGUCACCUUGCCAGAACGGUGGAACUUGCUACGACUUGAACAACCGCUUUUUCUGUGCAUGCCGCUCGCCAUACACUGGUGAACGCUGUCAGCAAGGACCAGACCCAUGCUCCGGAGUGACUUGUCAAAAUGGCGGUAGUUGUCGAAGCUUGCCAGCUAGCAAUAGCUUUGUGUGUGACUGCACUGCUGCCUACACGGGAAGGUUCUGUGCUGACCCUGUAAAUGUCGAUGAAUGUGCAUCAUCACCUUGCCAGAACGGUGGAACUUGCUACGACUUGAGCAACCGCUUUUUCUGUGCAUGCCGCUCGCCAUACACUGGUGACCGAUGUGAGCAAGAACCAGACCCGUGCUCCGGAGUGACUUGUCAAAAUGGCGGUACUUGUCGAAGUCUGCCAGCUAGCAACAGCUUUGUGUGUGACUGCACUGCUGCCUACAUGGGAAGGUUCUGUGCUGACCGUGAACCCUGUUUCAAUAAUCCAUGUGAGAAUGGUGGACAGUGUACUGCCAGAGGAAGUUCGUUCGAUUGUGCUUGUCUUCCUGGCUUCACUGGUGCUACCUGUGCAAACACGGUACUAGGUGUCACUGUGAAUCCUACGUUGAUUGACAUCAACGCCGACUCGUUCCAGUAUGUUACUUGUCAAACAUCGCAACCUCUUCCCUCCGGUAGCAUUGCCAACUACAUGCGCUGGACCACAGCGAAUGGCCAGGCGAUCGCGGGAAAUCCACGCUUGAUUGCCACCGGUGAUCAGCUGAUUGUAUUCAACCCAACGGAAGCAGACGUGGGCAUCUAUAAGUGUGUUGUCACACUUAAUGGUGUGGUAUCCGAGGCAGAGUUCGCUCUCAGUUCAGGAAGCACACCAGUAACCACAAGACCGCCGAUUCCAGCACCAACCACGGCACCACCUGCCCCGCCAACUAAUCCCACGCCGACCGAAAGUACCAUUCCGAUCGGCUUCUUUACUGUUACCAUUCAGCCAAGCAGUGCAGUACGGCGGCCCACAAACGACACCGUGCUCUUCUGUCGCGUGGAAGCUCUUCCUUUCGGAUACACUGUUGCCGGUAGGACAUGGAGCAGGACAGACGGCAGACCACUGCCGGCUAGUCGCUCAAAUACCUUCUCCAACGGAGCCAUCAUUCGCAUCAGCAAUCAUGAAAUCAGCGACAGUGGCUCGUAUAUGUGCACAGUGGAGGCCAGGAAUGCCGAUGGUGUUUCAACGUCAUCAAGCGCAGUGGCUAGAAUACAGGUUACAACUAUCUCUGUGAGGCUAUCACCAAGCAAUGUUGCACUUAGUCAAGGUGGAAACCAGCUGCUCGAAUGCAUUGUCACAAACCCCCGGGGUGGCAGUAUUGGCGGCACGAUUAGCUGGCGACGAGAGAACUCCACAACCCUUGACCAGCACAAGGGUCGCUAUUUGCAGAUGAAUGCCGUUACCUCAGCCGAUACGGAUAUCUACUGCUGCUCAGUUGAUGCUGGCAAUGGAGAAAUGAUUGAAGACUGCACUAUUGUUACUGUUGGUGACAUCUGUAUUGCACCGGACGGCAAGACCAUGAGCCUUGAAGAGUACCGCUACAUCAAUGGCAGCCAGACAGUGCGUGAAGCUCGUCUCAACCCUGCAGCAGACAUCAUCUUCUUGGUUGACGAGUCGCGCUCUAUGUUACAGGAGCAUGCCUGGUUGGAGGAUAUCAGUCUUGGUUUGGACAGGACUCUCCAGUCUGAGGGAAUCGGCUCGGGUAUCUUACCCAACCUCUUCUGUAUGGUGGGCUUUGCCCACCCACCCGAUAUCAACGGCCGUGUUAUUCGCAUGGAGAGCGGCCAAGUAAUGGGAGAUGCCUCAGAGUUCAAUGAGAUUCGCAAAGACAUUGCACAGGAUGGCCGCACUGAGGACAUGUAUUCCGCUAUGCAAGUGGGAUUUGAUAACUGUGAACUGCGACCAGGAAUGGCAUGUCAAGUGAUUGGAAUUACCGACGAAGGUCGCUCGCCGCUUGUUGAUGAGCAGUUUGCUGAUAUGAAGCAAAAGCUUGAAGAGCGUGGCUGCAUUCUGAACGUUGGUGUCAACGAACAAAUGAUGUCCUAUCACAAGGAUCCGCCAGAGCCAGCUUUGGGCAUUAGCAGCAACAAUGAUAGUGCCAUUGAGAGGAUCGGUGGUACCUAUGAGCUAGUACGUGGCAAAGGAUAUCCAUUGGCGCCCACUGGGCAUGGCACAACGCACAAGGACUACGUCAUGCUGGCGUUUUCAAACGGCGGAGCGGCCUGGGACCUGAACGAGCUGCGCAAGGGAGGCAACACGGCAGACGCCUUCACCAAGGCUUUCAUUGACUUGAAGGUGCGCGAAAUCAGCCGUCAGACGUGUCAGCUAUGUCACUGCACCAGUAGCCCGGCACCCUUCUGUACACCAGGAUGCUUGGGCGAGCCUCCAUUCGUGGAUGCCACGGGACCCAAGAAUGUAACAUACGGAAGCGAUGUAUCAAUUCUGUGUGUUCCAAUCGGUGGGAUACCCGUUCCAGAGUUGGAUUUCCAGGGAUCGGAGAACAGUGCCCUUCCGCCGCGCUCUGAGAUCCGAGACGGUCUCGACUCCAGUGUGCUGCAGGUCACUAAUGCACAGAAGAGUUUCUGUGUGGACUGCACUGGAACUAACCUGGAAGGAGAGCACACUGACACCCACUGUGUGGAUGUACUCGCUGAACCGCCACAGAUCAUGCUCACUGGCUCCAAUCGCGGCGAGCCGGUCGUGAAUGGAGAUACAGUUUCCCUGACAUGCGUGCCAGUUGCUGGAAUACCAGACCCGACUGUCAGUUUCACCAGCGUUCUUCCAGUCAAUGCACGUACGCAGACAAUUGGUAACUCGGUGCAGGUCAUUGUGGAUAGGGCAACGGCUGAUUUCUGUAUCAAUUGUACCGGCCAGAAUGCGCUCGAUUCAACCACCAAGCAGAUUUGCGUCGAUGUCAUUACUCCACCAGACGUGAACAUUGCUGGCGGUGACGAGCCUGCUCCCAAAGGUAGCGCAGUCACAUUGAUUUGCCUUCCCGUCGCUGGUGAACCAGAUCCAGUAGUCAACUGGGCUGGUACACUGCCACCUGGAGCACAGGUUGGCGAUACUGGCGACGGAGCAGUCACUCUCACCAUACCAAGCGUGGAGCAGAACUUCUGCGUCGACUGUGUUGGUACCAACCAAGCUGGUGAUAUCACGAAGACCAAGUGUGUUGAUGUCCUUGCUGAGCCACCCGUUGUUGAUGUGACUCGCGUGGGCACAGCCGAAGGGGAUACUGUACCAAAGGGAGGUGACAUUGUCCUGCGCUGCGAUCCCAUAUCUGGUGUUCCCGAGCCAGUUCUCCGGUGGGAACGACUGCCGGCCAACGCUCAAGUUGGUGCGUCCGGUGACGCCAUCACGGUAUCUGUAAGCAAUAUCCAAGACGACUUCUGCGUGGACUGCGUAGGUCGGAGUGCUGCUGGCACUGGCCGUGACUCUGAAUGCGUGACCAUACAUGAGCCGCCCCGUGUUCAAGUAUCUGGCUCUAACAAUGGCGAGCCGGUUGUCAGUGGCACAGAAGUGACAUUCACUUGUAUACCUCUGAAUGGGAUCCCCGACCCCCGUCUGUCUUAUCCCAAUGCCCCGUCUGGCUCACUUGCCCGACCCGAUGGCAGCCGGCUACUCCUUACUGUUGCCAGUGCUACAUCAGAUUACUGUGUCAACUGCACCGGUCAGAAUACUGCUGGCUCGCACUCAGACGCGGUCUGCAUUGAUAUCAUAUCUCCGCCCGAUAUUAUCAUCGGUGGUGGAGAGAAUCCAGUUCCUCAGGGAGACCCUGUCAGUUUGGUUUGCCUGCCAAUAUCUGGUGAGCCUGGACCGACAGUGAGAUGGACGGGUGCUUUACCACCAGGAGCACAGGUUACCAAUGACCCUGCCACUGGAACUACUAUCACCGUGCCAAGUGUUAACCAGGACUUCUGCGUGGACUGCAUCGGUACUAAUCAAGCUGGUCAAAUCACCAAGACCAAGUGUGUCACCGUCCGCGGUAUUCCUCCAAGGGUCAACAUCACUGGUUCCAACAAAGGACUGCCAAUCAAUCAAGGGGCAGAUGUUGAUCUCAUCUGUGAGCCUCUGGUCGGAUUUCCUGACCCAACACUGUCAUGGGAUCCUUCUAGCCUUCCUGCCGAUGCCAUAAACAUGGCGGUCAGUGGCAACAGCAUCGGUAUCACCUUGCGUAAUGUUCAGGACAGGGUCUGUAUUGAUUGCCUGGGAACCAACCCAGCCGGAAACCACCGCGAUACCGAGUGUAUAACCGUACUAAAGCAAUGUCCACACCCGAACAAUGGCCUUCCUCUUCUCAGCGGCCAGUCUGUGAGAAACUUCACCACCAGAAAUGCUCCGCCACAGUUCGACUUCCCUGCAUCAGCUGUGGUUGCAUUUGUCGUGGACGAAUCUGGUAGCAUGGUGGGCGAGCACCGUUGGCUGGCUCAGGGAGGCAACAUUGCGCAGACCCUGGAGAACAACUUGAAGUCACGUGGAGUUGGCACGAGAACUCCCAACCAGUAUGGCCUUGUUGGCUUUGGCCAUCCAGAUCAGAAUGAUCCAGAUCGGUAUAAUGGCGCUGUCCUGCAGGAUUGUACCACUGCGCCAGAGGUACAGGCAAGUUUUGGUGGCCUAUAUCAGGAUGGGCGGCUGGAAGACGGCUACUCUGCCAUCUCCGUAGCUGUGAACCAGCUGAGCUGUAUCCGGAACAUCAACUCGCGACGUGCUGCCGGUGAGAAGGUUGCCUGCCAGGUUAUCUUGGUCACGGAUGAGGGACGUGAUCGGCAAACUAGCUGGGAGUAUGAAUCCAUACUGAAUGAGCUGAGAAGGCGAGAAUGCGUCCUCAAUGUUGUUGUCUGGCAGCGGUUUGAAGGGCGACGGUCAGCGACCAGACCUUGGGAAGGAGCUCUUGGGUGGGCGUCCAGCGGAAAAGCAGUACUACCCGAACCUGGUGAUAGUUACACCGUCGUCGACGAUGGAAGGCCUGUAGCAAUUACCGGCACAGAAAACACUCACGAGAAGUAUGUCAAACUGGCUGCUGCUACCGGCGGCGCAGCGUGGGAUUUGGAAAAGUUGAGGACCCAGCGUUACAGGCAGUCAUUUACUAAUGGAUUUAUUGACGUCAAGGUGCAGGAGAUCAUCAUCCAGAUUAUUGGAAUGUGCUACAAUUGCCUGUGUACGGAUGGCAGGUUGGAUUGCACUCUACUGGAGAAUGUGCCUGGAACAUCAACUUGUCUGAGCCCAUUGGUGACCUCGUCCAUCCAGGCAAGCGUCACACCCCAACGUGCUGUGGCUGAGCCGGGCGAUCUGGUCGAGCUUGUGUGCCGCGCCGCUGGUGCUUCAGCUGGCACACCAGUUGCAGUCAACUGGUUCCCGCUGUCACCGAGAACACGCCUGUCCGGUGGUAAUCUUAUCAUUCUGAAUGCCACCGGUGGAGUUGACGACCAGUACUACCAGUGUCAAGCCAACAAUGCUGCAGGCACCAGUGUUGGCGUCAAUGUGGAGCUUACAGUUGGGCCAAGGAGACCUGGAGUCACACCGUUGACUAUUCGCCGCCCGGCAUUUACUGUAGCCCCAGUUUUCCCACGUCAAACGACACAACCACCUCGACCACGUGUCCUACCGGGAUUACGUGUCAGCAGUAAUGUCAGACGUGUUGUCUCUGGAUCCUCAUUCACAUUGUCAUGCUGCUAUGACGGUCAAUAUUAUUCCUCGGCAGUUUGGCUUAAGAAUGGCCCAGGCGGUGGCUACAUUGAUUUGCCAAGUGACGUCCGACAGGCCAACGGGCAGCUUAUCUUCGAGCGAGCAUCACCGCAACACCAGGGUGGAUACGAAUGUCUGGCUGUGCUGGAGAAUGCUCCGGUGUUUGCCAAUGCUCAGGUGACUUUCAACGGCGCGCUUGGCACAGUGGAUGCAGCACUAAACCAGUGCUAGUUACCACCCGCGCGCGCGGCUACUUUCCACCCUCAACCUGCUGCUGGUCUACGCUAGCAUGGCUCAAUGCAGCCUUUGCACGUCUCUUCCAUUAUUAUCGUCUCUUCCAUUAUUAUGAAUAUCAGAAUGCUCUCAGAUCUGUGUAUUACCCCCACCAGCAGUCAUGAUACUUUGAAGUUACAUCGACAUUCAAUUGCAUCUCCCGGCAUCCAGCUACCAACACCUUUUUAAACAUUUUGAAUUGACCAGAAUAUUCACGAAUUUAUCACAUGAUUUUAGCUCCCUCCGUCACAUGUAUAAAAUUCUCUUCCAUCUGCAACCAUGUUGUUUUGCCACCUUUCUUCAUUUCCCAUAAUAUGUGACACCUCUAUACAGUCCCGGGCAUGCUCACACAUGAUUCCAUCGCAAGAGACAAAAUCAUAAUGAUCCAUUCCACGCAAGCACACAGUUCCUGGUCUGGCAAUACACCAUGUGGACCCCAACAGCACACCAACCACCAUUCCUGCUGUACGUGCAUGUAACGCAGAUUUCCAGUGCAGA